UAUUAUAACUAAGCACUUGCAAACAUAAUACACAAACUUUUCUAUGAUCAUAAAUUAUGGUUGCACAAUAUAAAAAGUACGUUUUUUAUCUAGUUAUCGUGUUGUUUUUAAUAAAUAUAUUUAAUAUCGGAUACCGACGUCAGAGCGCCUUAAUGCAACAACGUUCUUUGACACGGUCUGAAAACAUUUUAGCAGAUAAAAUCCAUCAAAUUCAUCGAGAUGAAGAAUCGGAACACGGUGAACAAGGUUUUAACUUUUCACGAAUGAAUUUAGAUCAACCUGGUGCUCAUCAAGACCACCAAGGGUUAAAUAAUUUGGAAAAUAUUGAUGAGUAUGAUGGAUACGACUUGAUGAAAGUUCCACCGAUACAGUUCAAUAAAAACUUCAAGAAUCCAUGCUGGUUUGAGGGAGACCGACUACGAUGUCUCCCCUACGUGUUUGUUAUUGGCGUAAAGAAGUGUGGAACCAGUGACCUAUUCUUCCGGUUGUCCAGGCACCCGGACUUUGCACGUCCAGGCUUUAAAGAAGCUCAAUGGUUUGCUAGAGGGAGAUUUAGUAAGACACAAACUAGUAACAUGGAUUUUGAAACGUACGUGACAAAGUUUAACAAGGCCGCCGAAAUAAUACAAGCUACAUCGCACAUCAGCGCAGAUGGAACAUUGAUGAACUCUGUUAAAAUUACGGGUGAGGGAAGUCCUUCAAAUCUUCAUCUUAACUCCCACUGGCAACGGUUACCAGGCAACGAGAACCUGACAGAACCCAGAUACGUCAUUCUAGACUACAUUCGGCAUUUCAUCCCAGACGCGAAGCUCAUCAUAACUUUUAGAGAUCCGAUUGAUAGGUUGUAUUCUGACUAUUACCACGAGUAUGGUACCCUGAUGAAGAAAAACGACCCAGGGCCCGCCCAGUUCCACGAGAUAGUGUCUCGGGGUGUGCAACUGUACAGAGAGUGCUUCCGGGCCCGAACUAUUCGCAGUUGUGUUUAUGAUCAUACCCUCUAUGAUCAAACAAAGAUUCAAAUGCAGCUAGGAAUUUAUUACAUUUAUUGGGAGGAGCUAUUGCGCUUGUUUCCAAGGCAACAAAUUCUCGUUUUUCACAACGAGGAUAUGCGAGAUAAAGAACGCACAGUGAGAACCAUGUACGACUUUCUGGGAUUACCUAAGCUAGAUGCAGGAGAAAUGGCGGAUGUAGUCAACGCGAAAGAAUCUUACCAGAGGAGAGAAUCGUUCAAAGCCAAGGGUCCUAUGUGGAACGAAACAUACGCCAUUCUUCACGACUUUUACCAUCCAUUUAACGAGAAGAUGGUUGCACUUACUGGGGAUUCAAAGUUUUUAAAGCCGGGAUCGUAGAUGUGUUGUAGCCGAUCUUUAAGAAUUUAUUUCAAUUGUGAUAUAUUUUAGCUGUUAGAGAAGCAGACUUGUUCUAGUCUUAAAUUUAACUUAAGGGUUCUUACUGUUCUGUAAAGGUUAUAUACCGUUCCGUUUCUGUCUUCGGAAUUCCUCGGCCAUAUACCAUCGAAAACAACCUUCGAUGAAAAAUGGUCGAAGAGUUCCGAAUGCGUUUUUGUCAGAACAUCUCGUACGGCACAUCUGUUGCAUAAGUGUCAAUUUAAGGGACUCGCUCAUGCGUUGGGACAAAAAAAAAUCCCGGUAAGGCAUCUGAAAACAUUUGUUUUAUCAUUAUUUUACUAUAUAAUAUCGAAAUUGCAGAAAAAUACAAUUAAAGUAUAAAAGAAUAUUUUUAAUUAGGUGCGAACCCACGCCGAAUACCGACGCCUUAACCAUAAGGCCACAAGGAUUUAAACAAAAAAUAUGGAUAGUUUGACCUUUUAACAAUACAUUGAUAACAUCGCGUGAUAUUGAUAAUGUCAAUCGAUCAAUCACACAACAACAAAUCGCUGAAAUCCGUUAGUAACGCUUCUGAAAAUUGUGGUCUUUUAAGACGAUAUUUGAGCAAAUAUCAUCAUUAAUUUUGCUAAAGGGUUCUGGCUCUUGGUAUUUUAGUUUUAACACUCCUCGAGAUUCCCCACACUUUAUUUCUCUAUACAAUAAAAUGCAUAUUACAAAAACAUGAGCAAGUCUCUUUAGUGCGAAUUUGACGGAUUUUGGUUGAACGAUGCAACGCUGAAAUUUUGGCCAAAGACUGCAUCAUUAAAAUACAAGCAAUUCGAAAAAAGUCAUACGUGUAGAAGCAGAAAAUAGCAUAGCCUUUUACAUGCUAAGAAAUAUGUUAAUAUGUUUUCUUUAAAAAAAGUUAUUAAGGAAUUAAAGUCACUUACUUGAUUGUUUACAUCGGUUGUGACCCGUGGAGACCCAUGUGAGAACCCCUUUGAAGUCAAGUGAUUCCUCACCCGGAUACGGUGAUUGCUCAGUUGCUAUAUUUAGCACUGAUAUUGUGUUUUUAAAAUAAAUGUGUGUUUUUUACUGUGUGGUACAGUUUAAAAGGUGGUGAUGCCAACACAUAACACACUCGCUACUCAAAAGAAAGGCAAUCGAAAGCAAGUAGUUUGAUGGCCAUUCGCAUCCACAUUGAAAAGAUCUCAUGCGGGUUUUUUUUUAAAGGGCCUAAAAGGGUACAAGUUAGACCUUUGAUGGUUGGACACUUCAGUUACUGAACUAUUUGUUUAACUUCCGUGCAAUUUGGAAUUUGCAUUCCACUAUUUUGUUCUGAACAGUGCAUCAUUGUUCAGAAUGUCAACUUGUUUACAACUGCUGUUUCAUGUCGAUCAUUAGAACGCUUUGCAUGUGCUUCUUUUAUUUAAUAUUAUAUAUUUUAUCACAUGCUAUACCUUGUUUCCGGUAUGAAAAAAAUACCGCGUAUUUUCCUGCAUAUAAUAGGGUUAUUAGAACUACAUUUUGAGCCGUAAUGUCGUAUUCGACUCGUGUGGAAAUUUGCAGAUUCGGAUUUCACGAGGCGCAAGCCGAAUGAAAUCAAAAUCUGCAAACAUCCACGAGAGUCGAAUACGACAUUACGGAUCAAAACGCACUACUAAUAACCCUUUUAUUAUAUACAUUACUGGUUAGACCACUUAAAAGCUACAUGUUUUAACGAGGCACUUUUUUGUUUCAUGGCGUCAUAUUAACAUCGCGCAACGAAACAUGUUUUGACGUGACGUCACAUGGGUGGAAUACGGCCGUAUUGCCCUGGAGUGGAAUACGGACAACCGUGUUUUGCGAUUUGUAUUGCUUGUGGAUUUAUGAUGGGUAUAUAUAAUAAAUGUAUGUAUUUAUACAUGCUUAAUACAAUAUUUCUAUGUUUAAGCAAGCUCUUUGAAACACAACGAAUAUAG